GUGGGCACGCAUGCGCAAAGCCUACUCUGCUGGGUGUGAGCUCGAGCGCGAUUGUGCCUCUCCUCGUUCGAUAUGCGUGUGCGUGUGGGUGUUUGUGUGUGCGUGUGUGUGUGCGUAGCGAGCGUGUGCGUGUCCGCGAGCGUUGUAAGCGUGCGAUCUGGCUCUGUUGUGCGCGCAGUCGGUGCAUGCCUGUUCGUCUGUGUGCGAGUGUGCCUGCGUGAGUCCGCCGCCGCGGCGGGAGAGAAAGAGAGAGAGAGUCACUGACACCACUAUAUCGAGACGCGCUCUCGUUCUGGCUGCUGAUAUCACUCUUCUGAUCAUGUGCUCUGUGUCUGUUGGAAAUGGCUUCUCCUCUCACAAUCUCCAUGAGCCCCAUCUACUACUGACAUCCCAGCAGCAACAGCCUCGGUGCCGGCAAUAACGUCAGCAUCGAUAUCGACUGGAGAGAUCAGCGGGCCAAUGGCCCAUGAUGGACCGACAAGCGCAAGCUCGUCAACGCCGGAAAGCGGCUGCGCAACCUGCCAAACCACCCUUUCGCAUUCCUCGUGACCGCCGUCAGGAACGAAAAGUGAGCGAUACGCAGACCCUCGAUGAUGAAUCAAUAUCACCGCCGUCUCGCCAUGGCGUCAACCGAGUUGGGAGUGGUAGCACCGAUGCUGCCAGGGCUCCAAGCCGCGCGGGCGGUAGAAGCAGUGGGAGGACAACGGAAGAGGAGCUGAAUAUAGCGACGAGGAUGACGGUGACCAGUGUCGGCAAGGGAGGCAAGCUCUACCUCAAACCGAGUCGUCUGGCUCUCCCACACAUUUCUCAACUUGUAGAGACUCCACCAGCGACGUCCGAAACCGACGGUAUGAGGCUGGGCUUGGGCGGAGGCGAUCGCUAUGCUGGAGGAAUACAACAUGGAAGGAGUGCGACGGCCCAUGGCCUGGAUUCAAUGGAGUCCGCAAUGCAAGGUCUGACCAGGACCCGUUCGCAUUCAUUCUCCGACGUGCACGACCGAUCGCGCCAACCGACAUUUGACGCGGGCGACUUUCAAACAAUGUUUAAUGCGCGGCAAAUGUAUCGCCGCUCCAAGAGCAGCGCUGACAUCCAGUCCGGCCUGUUGGAUUUGCAGAUACCUCAUUACCGGCUUGGCAGUCCACGCUUCAGCGACAGAGGCGGAGCAUAUAUACGGAACUCCUUACAUACCAUAGCAUCCGAAGAUCCCCGACUGUCAAAUUUGCCGGUCGAGAACGAGCCAGAGCUGCCAGAGACGAGUCCAGAGAACCAAAGCUUUGUUCAGCAUUCUUCACCAAGGUCGGAUCUGCAACAUCCGAUGAUCACGCACAUGCGAUCAAUCUCCGCUCUCCCAAUCGACAUCGAGCAGCUGCCCAUAGCGGAGGAGAUCACACCAUCGAUAUUCGAUCGAUUGGAGUAUAACCCGAAUGAUCCAGCAGUCGUCCAUCAUCACCCGUUGACUGGGCGCAUCCUGGCAGCAACACCGGCGCGCCUCAUUUCACAGAUCACCUCUCCGCAAUUCCUGAAUUACGAACUCCUCAGUGAUUUCUUCCUAACGUUCCGUUGUUUCAUGUCACCUCACGAUGUUCUGGAAUAUCUUCUGGCGAGGAUGCAGUGGGCAUUUGCAAAUGGAUCCGACGCUGGUCGUAUCGUUCGUGUCAGGACUUUUGUGGCGUUGCGGCAUUGGAUCCUGAAUUACUUCCCCGAUGACUUCCUACUCGAUAUGCCGUUCCGAGAGCGUUUCUGUAAGCAGAUCAACGCGUUGACCCGAGCUUUGCGGCGACGACCCGACCGCGGAGGCAGCGACAUGAAUAUUAUCGGGGAGCUGAAAAAGUGUUGGCAACGGACGUGUGAGCUGUACUGGCCGCAGCCAAACAGCACGGAUAUCACUCCAGAUGCGAAUAUCAAGCCUGGUGGGGAGCAGAGGUCAAAUCAUCUGGGACCUUCUGUGCUCAGUCUUCCGCUGACCAUCCGGCCGGCGACACGUGGGGGAUCCUCUGUGUUCGAAGUUGCUCAAAUGCAUGUCCCCGAUCAGACUAAGAAAACGAUAGAUCAAAGUCCUCGAGGGAAGAGGUCAAACGCGCGCGACUUUCGGGAUCCUCCUUCGCCGACCCUUACGCGAAUGAGCAUUCCAACAUCUCCGAUGAGCGAACAGAGCCUCGAAGUGUUGUCGUGCUCGGUCCCCUUCCUGCAACAUCUGCGCAACGUUCGCCUCCCAACCUCACAUCGAGACAACAAACCCACGAAUCGUCAUGAUCGGAGCGGCAGUUUUUCAGACGCCCUGCGCGACAAGCGCUCGCCGUUGUCCACGCACAUCGACAGCGUGAUCAUGCCUUCAUUUACAGUCAGUGGUGGACUCGUCCGCGGCAUUCUGUUAGAGCCAUGUCCCUCCACAAUCAACCUGGCAGCGCCUGCAAGUCCGACAAUAGAAGCAGCGGAGGCUCGUGCGCCGAGCCCUCCAACGAUGCCGUCGUUGGACCGACCGCCGCAGCCGCCUCAGAAUAGCUCAAUGAAGAGAAUUGUGGGCGACAUGAGGCGGGCCUUGAGCACGCGUCGAGCCAACCACGGGGAAGUGUCGAUACGCACUCAUCGAUCCACGCAAUCAUUUUCGGAUUUGCUGACUUCAGCGACAUCCGGCGGUCUCAUGGAUCGAAGACCGCCGACUCGUCUACAAAAUAUUUCGCCCCUGGUGCCCCCGCCGAUACCUCCACCAGCGCCCUUACCGCCGCCUGGCCCCCCGAGACUCGACAUGUUGGCCGCCAGAGUCGAAGCGGCUUAUCACACAGCGUUUGAGCACAUUGAUGAGUCGGACGCAGACUCACUCGAAGGAGAGUUCGCGCGCCUAGGUCAUGGUCGGCCGGAGAACAUGGAGCAGGCCCCAGGAGGCUCUCCGAAUGGGCAGCACACUCGAAAGCCAAGUCGGAUGACCACCAGCAGUCGCUCUAUACUGAUAUUCGACGCGACUGGCAGCCCUGAAUCACAUCCAAUCCCUGCCGGAUAUCCUACACUCAGCCCACUGUCAAGUGUCAUCGCCUCAGCUUCGAUGCCCGAAGAUGCCGUACAAUCCAUGUUUUUGGACGACCCCAAGAUGUCACUGAGGUAUCCUUCGACGCUGACCAGCAAUCACGGUGGAAAUUGGCCAUCUAGUUAUGCUCAACUGAAUGAUUUUCUUGGGGUUCCAGGGACUCUCAGCGCAGGCAGCGGUAGUUUUGGCCAGCGUUUGAGUUCCAAAGCCAACUCUGGUGAUGUCACCGCCCGAAAAUCGUCCUUUAUCCACCCGGGGGCUUUGGACUUUUCGGAUAUCAACCAACAGCUGCGACGACGACCAGGCGGCAAUCUCAAAUCGAACGAGGAUCCGCUCAAACUGGGCCCCUAUCGACCGCACUCUGUGAACUCAUUCUCAACCAACUCUCGAUCGGCGGCCACAUCUGCUCUAUUCACUCGGGAGCAGUCUCGAGCUCACCUUUCAGGCCAAGCUCUCGGAAAUGCGGGUACAUCUUCAAAACCACCUGCGGAUAGCUCUGUAGCUCUCUUAGAUCUGGAUGCCGCUGACAAGCAUGUGCGACCUUCAUUCGAAGUCGACGCUCUACGACUUCGAGAUAUUCCCGAUGAGAACUCUGAUGGUGGUAUUGCAGAUGCACUGUUGAAAUUGGAAGGCAAAAUCCCUAGCCCUUCUCGUAGCACUUUCUCUGCUAAGGUAGACGAAGGUUCACAGGGCUCAGUUACCUCGCCGACACAAGCACAGCGCUCGAAGCUAGCAAAUGUUGAAUCACUAAGUAGCAGCAAUGACGAGGAGGACGAAGCUGUGUCUCCCACACAAGGCCGACAGAAUAAGAAUGGUCAAUUCCUGCAGGUGCGCGCUGAUGCCUCUCGCUCGCCCAAGGCUGUGAGCGCCGGUGGCUCAAGCACGGAUUGGUCAGUAUCAAGGAUGAUUCCACCUCCCCUUGACCUAGGCUUGACCAAAUCCCCCGAGUCAGCCCGAAGAAUGGCAUCGGGAGGCAGCGAUGCUAUCAGUGACGGUCCCUCUGCUGAGGGAUCGACAUCACCUUCCAUGAUUGCUGUGCAUGGAAGUCGUAUGUAUACAAACCCGGGACCCGCCAGCUACGUCCCCACUGGAGCCAAUCGCGAUCCUCGUGCUGCGACUGCGAAUAGACGAAUGCUACAAGAUCAAGACGAAGAUGAUGACAAUGACGACGAUGACGAUGAAGACGACGAAAGUGACUCGCAGAGCGACAUCUCCACCGAGAUCGCCGACCAACCUGAGCCCGAGGGCGCAAUGCAUAGCUUUUAUUUCGAUGAUACCACCGAAGACCGUGUUCGCCGUUACCAAGAGCAGAUCCGCGCCCAAGCCAAGAAGAACGCACCACCGACGCCUCCGUCGACGACGAUUCCGUCUGCAAAGACUUCGGCGGAUAAAGUGCAUGAGCGGAAGGUAUUGCAGAAGCGUGCACCUGCAAAACGAAUGUCCGAUCUACGGCAGCUAGAGAUCUCUCGUCCUCCGGACCAGUCGCGGAGCAAUCAGCUUAAAGAAGCUGCCAGCGCGCCAAAGCUUCGCUCUCCUCCCCCAAACAGACCCUUGCCACAACCACCACCGGCCCCGGCUUUACGACGGACCCAGACACUGCCGUUAUAUCCACAGCAGACGACACACCUGCCCUUCGUCCUGGCGUUUGAAUCUCUAGUGAUCGCCGAACAGUUGACCAUCAUCGAGAAGGACGCAUUGGACGAGGUGGACUGGAAAGAUCUCAUCAGCCUGAAUUGGCAGCAGAACCCAGCAUCCGUCCGCAACUGGGUCUCCUACCUCAAAGACAGCGCCACAAACGGCAUCGACGUCGUCAUCGCCCGGUUCAACCUCGUCGUGAAGUGGGUGGUUUCCGAAAUCCUCCUCACCAGCGCGCCCAGCGAGCGCGCCCGCGCCAUCACCAAAUUCAUCCACAUCGCCAGCCACUGCCAUCGCCUCCGCAAUUACGCUUCGCUCUACCAGAUCAUCCUCGCCCUGCUCUCCUCGGACCUGAUCAGGCUGCACCAAACCUGGGCACUGGUCCCGAUCCGGGAGAAGCAGACCCUGUCCCAGCUCGAAGCCCUCUGCCAACCCGUGCGCAACUUCAACAACCUCCGCGUGGAGAUGGAGAACGCCACCAUGGACACCGGCUGCAUCCCGUUCAUCGGCCUGUACACGCACGACCUGAUGUUCAACGCGCAGAAGCCCGCCCGCCUGGACCCCGUCACUUCCGGCCGGGAGCACCUGGUCAACUUCGAACGCUACCAGACCGCGGCCAGCAUCGUCAAGAGCCUGCUGCGGAUGAUCGAGGCCAGCUCCAAGUACAAUUUCCGCCCGCACCCCGAGGCGCUCAGCCGUUGCCUGUGGAUCGCGGCGCUCGAAGACGGAGAGAUCAUUGCGCGCAGCAAGGCGCUGGAGACGACCUAGAUUCGGCGAGAGCUGCGCGCCGAUUUGUUUUUUCCGCUAUACCCUAUUCUUAUAAAACCUUACACAGUUCUUGAGACUUUACAAAUGAAACGAUAUACCCAAUGCUUGCUUCCUUUUUCACAUACCAUCGAUGUUGGCAUUUUCGGAGUCUCUUGUCAAAGCAUUUCAUGUAGUCGAGCCUCUAUUAGAUGAAACAAUAGAAUCUGAAAGCCCGGCACAGUCGGUAGGCCGUGCAGCGCACAGACGGGAAGUCUUUCGACAAAUCCACCAUAGUCGUGAAAGAAACAAUGCCUCCACCGAUGGUAAAAGGCCGCCAUCGUCAGGUCUAGAUACUACCCUUGCCGUCGUCCCUCCCAGUCGUCCCC